GUUUGUUUGAUUGUGAUGUGGUAAAAAGUCCCAAUGACAGAUCUAUGAACGCAUCUCCACUCAAUCAACAAUUUAGUAAGUUAAAUGAAAAUGUUAAAUGAAGUUUGUAAAUACAUAAACUUACCUUUUAACAGUGAGACAAUAAUUGGACACACUCAAACAGAUUUCUCAACAAAACAUGUACAUCGAAACGUCAAAUUUUUCGCAAGUUUGUGGGAAUGAAUGUCACAUGCUCAUCCGCGUCUGGUAGGUACACAAUUAAUUGUUUUCUAAGUGAUGAAUAUUAAGCGUAAGGGUGCGCGCGGAUUUCAUGUUUUGACUUCUCGAUACUUGUAUAAACUGCGAUUGAUGACGCGGGGUUUUGAAACAUUGGCAGAAUAAGUGAAUAUGAUAUUUAAUCUCUAAUUUUAUGCGUGUAAAUUAAACAUUACAUUGUAAUGUUAUUUGUUAAUGUCGUUUGUUUAUUUUUUUUUCUUUCUAAAAUGCAAACGCUUUCCGCCCCCCUUGGGAGGCGCGCCCCCCUGGUUAGGAACUCUUGCUCUAAAAGCUGGAUUUUCAACAUACACUUACCUCAAAGAUAAGUGCAGAAAUAGAAUAAAUGCAGAACCCGAUCUAAGACUUAAGCUUUCAGACAUUGAACCAAAUUUUGAAUUUCUUUGUUCCAACAAACAGGCACAAAUAUCUCAUUGAGGAUUUUUGCAAGUAUCGAAUUACUUGUAUUCAUAUUAUAUUAUUCCUUUUUUUGUAGGGCUUAAUUAGUUUUAAUAACGUUACUCUAAAUGUUUUACGUUUCAGUUGUUUUAAUUUACUUUGCUCAUUAUAACUAUUAUUCAUAUGAUUAAUAAAUCUUGAUUACAGCCAAAUAGUACUUACUUACUCUUACUAAAGACUAAUCAGGGGGUUCGCCGAUAUAUUCCAAUUUUUAUAAGGGGUUCGCAGAAAGAAAAACCGUUGGUUUAGGCUAUACACUCUCGCUUUGCGCUGUCACAUUUCGAUAAAUCUGUGUUGUCUAGGAUAUAGGAUAGUUGCUAUGCUUUCGUUUGUUGUUCCUGAGACCAAGCCUAGACCAUACAUACGUCUGUCCAUGGUUGGCUGUCUGUAUGGUAGGUUGGACAAAAGCAUCAUGUUUAGAUUUUAUAAAAUGUGUAUUGAAUAAGAAAUUAUUAUUUAACAUACAAUCAUCUUACAAUGUAUAAAUACAAGGUGUUAUAGAAUGUCGUCCGAAAAAUUUAAGAGCGAAUUCCGACAGGGAUUUUGAUCUUGGUGUCACCAACUAUUUGACAACUAUCCUACCGAUUACCAUGGGUGCCUGCAGGUAUUUUCCCAGAACGAGAAAGAUCGGUACAAACUUACAAAUGAACUCCCGAAAUUCUUUGAAGAGCAAAAACAGCACAGGCAGAUGCUAUCGAGUACAUGUAAAUGCGUGAGCUCUCAAGUGUGCCACGAACUCUUAAAGAUUCUACCAGAAGUUUCAUGAUUUACAAAAAAAUGCGUUCUCAUAGUAGUUACAUGUUCUAUUCUAUACUAACUUUUUGCCCUAUGCUUCCUCGAGAAAAAUAGCUCUGAAAGACACAACACAUGUUUUUACUGCUUGAUGUAUUUUUUAAAUUAUUGCUAGAAUGAGUCAAAGUGACAGUGACGGAAACCCAAUUCAGCAUAUCUGAUAUUUUGACAGGCUUUGUCACAUUAAGACGAAACAAUCCCGCAUUAUAUGGACUUAACGCUUUCUCCACCAAUUUUCCUGACGACAAUCUGUAACGCGUUGUAUAAACCUACUUUAUUCUACAACACAUACAUACAUAUGUGAUUAUGCCUACUGUUUUUUAUUUUGACUGUUACUUUGAAAAUCUGAUAUUUUAAUUCCAGGGUCAUACAGUUCGCCAGGUAAUGCCGCGUGAGUGCUAAAUUUCAGGUCAGGGUAUCUUGUGUGUUCAAAUUGAGUUCGCUUUUGUAUAUGUCCAAAUUAAUACCAUAGCCUGUCGUAAUAAUGUUUGCGCACAUAAUGGAUUCAUAUUCUUUUUGUACUUAUAAUCGUGUACAUAUUUAUACCUAAUUUGAAAUAUUCAAGGCUCUUCAGCUUCAAGAAAGUUAACUCCCGCUUCACCCCUUAGGUGUGUAAUUCCCAAAAUUUCCUUGUAGGUACCUGCUCAUUUACAUUAUAUUAAAGGACCAAAUAUAAAAAACUAUAGUUGCAUCCCUAACUUAAAGAAUAAUUGUUAAUUUUGUCCCCUAUUUCAACCCUUAAAGUGUUAUAUUCCAAUUAAAGGUAGCUUACAUCCGUCUCCAAGGUUUAAUCUAUAUCCAAAAUUCACCGAGAUCGGUUCGGCCGUUUUGACGUGAAAACAGAACAUACACACACACUUUAUAAUAUUGCUAGAAUAUAUUCUAAACAGUUUUCCAAUAACGUUGUGUGAACUCGUAGAUUUAUGUUAAUAAGCUGUGAUCUACCGAUAUCCUCACCAGUUUUUCUUAGUGAGCAUCUCACUUGUAAGAUUUAAAAAUACAUUUUAUGAUCAUUAUGGAAAAGUUACGAGCGUAUUUAAAGCUUCUAAUAUUGGAGCAACCAAGCAAAUGUAUAUAUUAUGAUUGCGAGUAAAAUUUUCAAGAACAAGAUAUUACGUGGAAAUGUGGACUUAUAUUUAUAAUACCUGUGUUUCAAUUCAAACGUUUCUUUUUAUAGAAUCCGCAUACAUUUGCAGUGUUUUUAGAUUUUUCACCUUUAUUGUGACGUGAAUUUAUGCUUCUGUUCAACAACAUCUAUGUAAUAAUAGCUUGCAGCAGUUUUCAAUAGAAGCGCAUACUUUUGAAUAUUCAUAUCUCAUUUGUGUGUGAUAAUUAACACGUGUUUGAAAUGGGUUUAUUCAGAAAACGACAGCGCUUUAGUAACACUUUAUGUUAAGUACACCGGAAAUGCUGUGCUUCUCUGAAUGCGUCCAAUUAUUCUAGUAAAGGACGGAUUUGAGUUAAGCUAAGAAGUCAAUUUGAUUUUUGAUCAGUUUCAUUAGCAAAUCCGUUCUUUAUUCAACAUAAUUUGUGUGAAAGCUUUCUACACUAACUCAGGAUCUCUUCAAAUUAAUGUAAAUGAUAAAAGCAAGUUAAAAUAAUUCCUAUGGCCUCCCAGAGCAGCUUUGCAGAUGUGUGGCUAUAUUCCACUUAGGCCGCAAGAUAUUCGUCGUAGUUAACGAGUUGUCCUCUUCAUCCCACGAUGUCAACGCGAGUGUUCCCCAGCGAUCGGUUUUGGGUCCGACAUUGUUCAUCUUACAUAUCAACGACUUCCUUUCCUGUAAGAUCAAUAGGAUUCACAGCUUUGCUGAUGACAGCAUUCUACAUAAAGGAAUUAGAGUGGCAAGGCGAACUGUGCCGGUGAGCUGGAGAAAAGAAGACUAUGAGCGACUUCCUCUCUGACGAGAGACCUGGAGGUUAUCACUGCCUGGGGAUGCCACAAUCUGGUACAGUUUAAUAGUUCCAAGACACAGUCCUUAACUAACAAAAGUGCCCUUGUGCUCAUCCGUUUCUAAGGGAUGUCCCAGUUCUACCAAGUAGCCGUUCAUUUAGGCUGAUCGGCGUCCGUCACCGAGAACUUGAUCUGGUACGAACACAUCCCGUUAAUCGCGGCAGCUGCUGAGAAAAAAGAUGUGGCCUUGAAAAUUGGAGAACUACUACAUUGUGUAAGUUGGCUUUUGUUGGUGACUUCGUGUAUCAUUUUUUCCCUCUCCAUCUUCGUUUCCUCAGGUUGCACCCGUAUCCGGAUGUAUGGGCAUGUGCACUUUUCUAGUUGCAUAUGUGCAUUCAAGUCGGACCUGAUUAAGUCAAGAGGCAGAAAUAAGUAUCGCUUGGGUUACCUAUAAUAUUUUAGCUUCGAAUCCACUUUCCUUCUUUUUGCGGAUUUCGCCCAUUAUUUUUUAUAGGAUAUGUUACGAAUCUAUUUAUUGUUCUUUGAGUACGACAACCAUUUUCAUUUCUUAUAUUGGACAAAUAAGCUAAAAAAGGCUUUACAUACGUAGAAAUAAUAUAGUAUACUUCAAUAGAAAAACACAAUAUUUUUGCUGACACAUGAUUUUAACUCCAAAUUAAUGAACGAUAAUGUAACUUAAGAGUGGAGCACUAACCUGUAAAACAGGUUCCGAACUCUAAGGCUUUCUAUUUUUAAUCUGAAUUUGCGUGAACCACAUAUGUAUAAUACUCAAGAUCUCGAGUACCUUUUUGUCGUAGUCUUUUAAUCUCACUUUCUUCUUCAUUUGGUAAUGAAUAAUUAGAAUGUUCACUUUACUUCGAUUCGUUAUUGAUCUGGUCAACGAACAUAAUGAUCUGACCAAUAGAUAAUGAUACAUUUUUUAAUUUUUUUUAUUCAAGUAUAAUUACAAUUUUAUACUGUUACCCUGAAAACGGCUUCCUUCUGAAGCCACACAGCGCUGGAGACGGUUCUGCCACUUUUCAUAGCAGUGCUGGAACUCCGAUACUGGAAUAGCCUUCAGCUGGUCGGUUACACUCGUUUGAAUGUUGUCCCAAAAUCAGUUUCCUUGAGGUGCUUUUUCAACUUUGGGAAGGACUCAAGUCAGUCGCAUAAGGAGGCUGAGGAGCUACGGAAAUGUUUGUACUGGCCAAAAACUCAUCUUUUGGAAUUAAUGUGGGACAAGGAACAUUAUGAUGCAACAGCGAGUUGUUCUUGAUCUGAUGAACGGUGGUGCGAGUCAAAUUUAACUCUUCCUUGAUUAUUCUGACUGAAAACCGGCGAUCUGCACGCAGAAGAUCCCGGAUUCUGUCGAUAUUUUUAUCGGUUCUUGAAGAUGAAGGCCUUACGGCUCGUGGUUCAUCUUUAAUCAACUCUCUCUCUCUCUUCUGAAAAUGCCUUAAACCUCUGAGAAACCUGGGCUCUUGACAAAACACUAUCUCUGAAGGCCUGUUUAGCAAGAGUUUCUGUUGUACUGUGUCCAAGUCUGAAGAAAAACCUGAUAGCACAACGUUGCUUGAAAUUGAUGUCACUCAUUUUUAGAACACAAUAGAAAAAACUGUUUCACAAAAAAAAAUCGCAAUGGACAAAAAUACUUGGGUGAGUUCAGGCGGAUCACAUGUCCCCUUUUUUCCCCCAAGCCCCGCGUCUCCAGUGUUGCCAGAUCGAACGCUACGUUGCCAGUCUCUUCAUUUAAUUUACAGACCUCGUACAUCACGAAAAACAAUGUCACUCAUUUAUGUAUGAAUGUAUCUAUGUGUAUAACUUAGGAAGUACCACUCGGAUUUUGAUGAAAUUUUACACAAGGUAACUAUACUAUGCCACGGACGAAAAAUCUUCAUACUUUUUGAAAAUUGGUCCAGUGGCAGAGCUACAGGCAAAAAACGGAAAAAUAAAAUUCGAUCAAACUUAUUAGUUUUUUGACGUUUCGGAGGAUCCUGAUGAUAUUCAGAAACAUUUUUGAAGGGGUUGAAAAUUGGAUGUUGGGGUUGUAGGGGGUGCCAGAAACUUUUACGUUGCCAGCCCCAGUAAUUGUAUGCACCUACUAGGCAUAUUUUAUAUAUACAUCAUAGAUUUACCCGUACAUUUGCCCUUAAAACUUGAAUGAUAGAGAUAUAUGUUCGAUAUACGCAUACUGGACAACUCAGCGAGCGUAUAUCUGUCUGCUUCGAAUGCUGAGGGAUAACUGAGCCGUGAUGCGUGUAUCCGUAUAUGCAACGCCAUGCUGGAUUUGCGAGUUGCCACGUUGCUGGGUGGUCGGUGGGGCGCUAGGCUAGAUCAGAUCAGAAUGUUAGUUGUCCCAACUAGAAAGUCUUUCUUUAUAUUAUUUUUUCUUGUUUAACGUGUUUUUGUCUUGCAAUUUCUGACGCCUUUAUUUAGUUCUAGAAACUCACAUGUAACUGAAGAUGGGGUUUAAAGUCACCGAAACAUCGUAUUUUUAAUACUGACUCCCAAGGAUGAAUAACUUGAAUGAUUACAGUGUGCACUGAGUAAGCAGCUUAAUGCAUGGUAAGCAGUCUCCUCGGCUCUAAGCCCGUCAAGCGCUCUGGAUAUCCGAGAAACUUCUGAGACUGAGUCCGCGAAUAACAUUGACGCCUAGCGUCGCUCGUCACGACGCCGCGAAUGUAAACGCGUCUUUGUACGAACCGCACACGCCAACUUAGACUCAUAAACAUGAAAAUCAUAAUAAUUUGGCAACGAUUCCCUGGGAUCACACUAGCUAUUUUCUAAUAUACGCGCUUAUAGACACUAAUCGUUUGCAAAGUAUUGAAAAGAACGCAGGGUUUUCAUUUGCGUGGUUUCGAUUCGUCGGUCUUUUCGGAUUUUGCCCGUUGAGAAUUGUGUGUGAAAAGUGACGUCACGUGAUUGCCACGGCCUGCCCUGUUUUUGUGCCAAUUCCACGGACGACUGUGAUUUUUGAGCCGCGCUGCGGACCGAUGAUAGGUGCAGAUGGGGAAUCAUGCGCAGCGUCUGACAUUUGAUAUUUCUUACUUCUAUACAACUCGGGAAGCACUGCUCGGAUUUAGAUAAAAUUUUUACACAAGAGCCGCGUUGUGGUCCGAUGACAGGUGCGGGCGGUGAGCCACUACCCGCUUCGUCGAGUGGGGUUGGCUGUAUCUCGCCCGCCCUCACCGAGGCCGAUCUGCCUCCCCAGCCGCUCGUCGUGCGCAGCCCUUCGGCGACGAUGUCCAUCAAAUGGCCUCCAGGUGGGGGAGGGCAGAACAAUCCUCCAGCCAGGCAUCACAACCAGAAUCUGUUGCCGAUGGCUGCCAACGUCAACAGGCAGGUGAACUUCAACUAUGGAAAAGACGGUUCCGAAUCAGCAAGGACGUUAUCAGGCUUGGACAGAGAUUGCUUCAUCAUACCAGUUCAUAGCUUAGAUAGAUUUCUUCCCGCUGGAGUGCCUAUGCCAAAACCUCCUGCAAACGGAAAUUCAAUGGAGAAAAAAGGCAAUUUACACGUUAUGGAAGUACCUGAUCCGAAACUAUGUGUCUUAUGUCACCUAAUGAGUCCCUUAGAGCCGAUAGACCCUGUAUUAGAGUCACCUCUGGUUCAACCUCUAUUCAAGCAACGGAUUACUGCGGGCGAACUGGUGAACGAGGUGGCCCAAGCAAAGACUGCAGUUACUGGGAUGUUGCUUGCCAAUAUGGAGAGAAACGCUGAAUUUCCUUUCAUAACUUACUACGUGAUAAAUACAUCUCAAACAAAUCCUGUGAUGUUUUAUAACAACUUGCGCACUGCCAGCUUGACGAAGUUCGAUCCUAGGACAACCAGGUAUACAGCGGCACAUACACUUGACUUGUACACAGAAGUAGCUUCGAUAUGUCGGCCGCCGAUUCACGAAAUUGGCAUGUCCUUAGCCAAAACGCAUACUUCGGCCACUGGUUACAUGGUUUCCGUCUACAAAGUUUUCGAAGGAGACGACAGAGAAAAAUUCGAAAGAAAUUGGUUAUAUUGGACUGGUGCAAGGAUGAUCUACAGGUACCUCCCUUCAGCGGCUGGCCUAAGGCGGAUAUCCCUUCACAAGUCCCUAAGUCCUAAAGGCGACAAAAUGUACAUCCUCUUGUGCGAAUGUGCAAACCUUCUCAAUGACGUCACAGUAUGCGCUUUACUCCUACCGGCCUUACGAGCUAGACUUACAGGAUACACCGGAAUUUUCAGACCUCUACAGACUUUUUGAAAGUACUUAACGUAUAGUAUAUAAGCGUUAUUUCGACUAACUGAUGUGAUCUUUUGUAUAUAAAACUUGAUGGCUGUUGUUAAAAUAUACUAUACAGUAUGUUACCUCUAAUAUUCGAGCAUAUGGCAAAUGGCAACACUGUAAAAAGGUCAACGUGGUGACCGAAACGUCAGUAGAGGGUAAUUUCUACACAAGUGGUUUCAUUUGGCUAAGGAAACAGUUCUAGCAGCAUAAAAAGCUCAGGAUAAGUUUUAAAAGUUACAUUAAGCUUUUUAAUAUAUUAACUCAUCAAUUAUUGUGAUAUUAUUAUUGAACACCCAGAUUAUAGAUUUAUACGCAAUAUGAUGGUGGAAUUGUAUGAUAUUUGUGGUAAAAUACUGUAUGAGGGAAAAUGUUUAGUUGCUAUGUAAAACCAUGAUGUUUAGGCUAUAAAUACAGGCAAUAAUUUUAUUUAUAGAUCAUAUCCUUUAUGAUGAUCAAAAAUAUCGUUAAAUCUUAGGGGACCACAAGUGUCUUUAAUUUAUUGAAUGGUAUAUAUAUCAUACAUAUUACGAUUCGCAAGUCAUAGAAGACCAAUAUUCCUAUGAAACAUAUUAAACAAAUAAUUUUGGAAAUUUUGGUACCUAAAUAUACAGUGUGUUGAUCUAUGGAAUGCUUUCUUGGGGGAUUCUAAGAAAAAAGUUUAUUAAAUCAUAGAACCGGUAAUGCUUCGUUUUCGAUAUACAGGAUGACAGCCUUUUUUAAAAAUCCGUUUUUUUCGAAAUUGCUGAUUUAGUUGUUUUGUUGAAAUUAAAUGCCUACAGACAUUUACCGCCGAUAAUUCAACUAAAGUCACUAGAGAAACAAUUGCCACAUGGCCAUGUAUAUCACCGGAUUUUGACACCGUUAAAUGCUUCCGUUAUGUUUUAUUGGCGCCGAUACGAUUGUACCUACUAAAUUUCAACAAAGCGUAAGAACUUGGCGAAAAGGUUAUUACAAUUUAUACAAAAAAGGACUUGAAACGUUCGGUACACUGUACUCAGACUUUAUUAGCACCCUGUAUAUUUUCCAAGAAUGUUUAUUUGAAAAACGAUAUAUCCGAACCUGUUACAAUUGAUUAUUGUACUCUGAAAUUGUCACGUUAGAAUAUUUUUACCAAUUAAAAGAGAGGAAAAAUACAUAUCCUAAUUUUUUUAUUUACAAUAUCAAUGAUUAAUAAUCAUAUUUUUCUAGUGUACCUUAAAGAAGUAACGACGACUAUAUCAACUAUAAAAUAGUUUACCAGAAAAUGGUUUCUAAUAGUAUAGAAAUUUUUGAAAAAUUACCGGGUAUUUAUUCGUUUAUCUAGGUCUCUUGAAGCAACAAUAUCAUUAUAGCAAUAUUCGUUAUACAUACGGUUUUAAAAAUGAGUUACUAUUAGGUAAUAUAAUAACUAAUAUAUCUAAUAUAUUUAAGCGUUCUGUACAUAAGAUGUUUAUCGAUGUACAUAUGUAUACUAAGGUGUUAUAUUUUUCGACCAAAGCUUAUAUGAACUUUGCUUCAUUGUAAGGCUACUGUAGCAAACUUUUAACAAUCAUAAUUUGUCACAUGUUUUGUAACAUUUCACUGGAUUAUGACGCACACAUUUGAAUAAACUUUUUAGGCAGCAAUUGAUCACUUAAAUACCAUGAGUUGUGUUUGCAAGUCCAAAUCCAAAUAUGAAUAUGUUACAUAUAGUUUACGUUUAAACAUUUCCGUUGUACAACGAUUUCAAUAAAACAUUGUUAUAUAAUUGGAGAGAUUAUUAGUAGGUACAUGCGAAUAUAAAGUUUAUAAUUUUCAUCUACGCCUUUAAAGUAUGCGAGUGCUUGGAUGUUUUGUGAAGAAUGCAACGCCUGUAAAAUAUUCAUUUACUGUCUCCUGUGAUUACAAGAUCAUGAAAUUCGGCAUACUCAAGUAAUAAAUGGUGCGCUGUUAAAAAAAUGCGAAUGUGCCCUGAGGAAGCAUUUAAAUAAGUAGGAAAUGAGUGUUUUCCAUAGGAUCCCAGUUUCAAAUUAACAUGACAGUGCAACAUGAUGUUUUGAUCAACGAGGCAAAAAAUGUACAAAAAGAUAAACAACAAAUCAAAAUGAAUACGAAAGAAAAACUUCGCGUCUCCGCAGGGUUAUUACGAAAAAAACGUUGUCAUAAUGUCACUUUCCAAGUUACGUAAUACCUCUGCCAGUCUCGAACCUGAGACGCCGGUUUGGGAGACUUUGAUAUUUACCACUGAGCGAUUACUUAACUAUAAUAAUUGUCUUCUAGAACUCUAAAUAUAAGCAAGAUAUGGUCCUUGGCCUACUAGAUAAUAUAUAAGUUGUUGAAUUGCCGGGAUCAGAUCGAGAGUUGGUGCCAGCCAGGUGAAGUUAUCCCUUCACAGCGUCAGGCACAAACAGGC